AUGGGGAAGACUCUCCAAAAGAUCCACGGCUGCGCUGCUGGUAAGUUCGGCAAGGACGGAGACAAGAUCCCACAAUGGAUACGUGCCAAUGGAGGGACCUUCUCGAAAGACGUUACAGACCGGGUAACACACUUGGUCACAACGAAGGAAGCCUUUGAGAAGAACGUGGAACAAGUCCAAAAGGCCAAAUGCUUGGGCACCGUCAAGGUAGUGACCCUUGCAUGGCUUGAAGACUCUCUGCUGUCGAAGAGCCGGAAGCCGAAGCCGGAGAAGCCCUAUCUUCUGGAGACUGUUUCAGCCAAAAAAGAGAAGAAACAGAGGCGAGCGGCUAAAGUUCAGAAGAGGGAGGUCGAUACUAAGGAUAAGCGAACUGCGUCCAAGGAUCCCUUCGCGAACACUUCGAAACCAAGGAGUGCAGCCUCAAACUACCACGUCUAUGUGGAUGAGGGCACCGGUGUGAAUUUCAGUACAACCAUUAAUCGCCAAUUACAUCAGAAGAAGUCCAGAGAGAAGUAUCAGGUCAAGACUGCAAUGUCAAAGCACCUCUGCUUCCACCAUAAACUGAGCACUCCACAGGUCUACGAAUCAAACAAGGCUCCUCACAAAUACGCAACGCAUUGCAAGUACAGUCGUGUUGGCAAAUCUACAAACGAAUUUCUGGCACCUCUCGGCUCUGAUCUGGGCUCCGCACUCGCAGCAUUUAGAAGUUUCCUAAUAGAGAAAACCGGCAAAGAAUGGGUCCAGAGAUUCGAUGGAAAUCCAGUGCCGUUGAAGGUAGAUGAUGACGGAAAAGAGCUUCCUGCUCAUGAGAAUUGGUUUCAAUAUGAAGAUGGCAGAAGUAUCCUCUCCAGAUUUCUCGGUCAAGGCGAUACUAGCACUCCUGUGGCAAGCAGCGAAGUGCAGCAGGUGGAGUGUAACUCGAUUGCUUCUCAACCGGGGCAUACCAGACUCUGA